GACUGAGCUCCCAUCUCCUCGGCUGCAGCAUCUGAUUAAAGCCUUCUUCCUUUGCAAUACUUAUCUCAGUGAUUGGCUUUCUGUGGGUGAGCAGCACAGGAUCUAGGCUGAAGCCCUGAGGCUUCAGUGACAAAAUCUGUUUUUCAUAAUGCGAUCUGUCUUAAUUGUCCUCAAGAAUUAGUAUUUGAGUGCUCUCUAGAUUCUCCUUUGUCACCCUUUCUUCCUUUCUUCCUUCCUUCUUUCCUUCUCUUUCCUUCGUUCUCUUCCUUCUUUUCUUUCUUUUUUUGAGACGGAGUCUUGCUCUGUCGCCCAGGCUGGAGUUUGGUGGCACGAUAUCAGCUCACUGCAACGUCCACCUCCCGGGUUCAAGCGAUUCUCCUGUCUCAGCCUCUGGAGUAGCUGGGACUACAGGCGCGCGCCACCACGCCCAACUAAUUUUUGUAUUUUUAGUAGAGACAGGGUUUCACCAUGUUGGCCAGGCUGGCCUCAAACUCCUGACCUCAAGUGAUCUGCCCACCUCAACCUCCCAAAGUGCUGGGAUUACAGGUGUGAGCCACCGCACCCGGCCGUCACUUUUCUUCAAUCUCACUGGUGCUCGCGGGCUGAAGGGUCAGGACGGACUAGAGGCGAGCAAUCCCGGUGGCACCAGGCAUUCCCCGACCCGCCCGGGUCGCCAGCUGCACGGACCCUGGCAGAUGCGCGCAGCGGCUGCGGCACAGGGUGGGGAGCGGCUGCUCGGCCCCAUCCUAAGGCAGCUGAAUGCCCAGAGCUGGUCCCUGGCUCCAGGCGCAGGCCGAGUAGGAGCUGGGCGGGCAGCGGCGUCGGGCAGGCCCUUCCAGCCGGGCUGACAGGCCGCUCUGACCCAGCCAUCAGACUCCACUUGCGUCCUGGCAGCGCGGACCCUAGGGCAACUUCGCUGCAGUGGCCAAGCUGGGGGCGGAACUGGCCCGUACCCCUAACCGAGCAAGCCUAGGAGCAGGUGCGCCGGCGGCGCUGUGAAGCGGCACUCAUGACAGGCAGGCUGGGCGCCGCCACCCCGAAACCUCCGAGGGAGGACCAGCCAGCCCAGGUUGGCGCUGGAGCUGCAGCGCCACCUGCAGGCCAAGGAGUCUUUUUCUGGGAGGCUGGAGCUGCAGCGCCACCUGCAGGCCAAGGAGUCUUUUUCUGGGAGGCUGGAGCUGCAGCGCCACCUGCAGGCCAAGGAGUCUUUUUCUGGGAGGCUGGAGCUGCAGAUGCAGUGAAGUCACAGGUUCCGUGAUGUCACAGGUGGGCGGGCGCACUGGUCUGUAACGGAUUGGCUUGGCCUUACCCACGAGGCUUUGCGGUGGCUGCUUGGCUUGGCGGUGGUCGCUUGGCUUGGCGUGGCAGUGAUCGCUUGGCUUGGCAUUUCUGGCUUGGCGGUCCUCCUUUCGCAGAUUGGAAACCGCGGGCUAUCCUGCUGGGAGGUUGUGGCCGAGGCAGUAGCUCGCUACUGAUGGCCUCCUGGGGUGGAGAAAAGCGGGGAGGGGCUGAGGGGUCUCCGAAGCCGGCAGUCUACGCCACGAGGAAGACCGCUAGCGUCGGGAGCCAGGGGGACCAGUGGUACUUGGGCUACCCGGGAGACCAGUGGUCCUCGGGCUUCUCCUACAGCUGGUGGAAAAACAGCGUCGGCAGCGAGAGCAAGCACGGUGAGGGCGCCUUAGACCAGCCCCAGCACGAUGUCCGCCUGGAAGAUCCUGGCGAGCUCCACAGAGCUGCCCGGUCGGGCUACGUCCCUGGGGUGGAGCACGUCUUGGCUCCUGGAGACACUGGCGUGGACAAGAGGGAUAGGAAGAAGAGCAUUCAGCAACUAGUUCCUGAAUAUAAGGAAAAACAGACACCUGAAAGUCUUCCUCAAAAUAACAAUCCAGAUUUUUCAGAUUGGCAUCCUACUAAUUUGACCCUUAGUGAUGAGACUUGUCAGAGAUCCAAGAAUCUGAAAGUUGAUGAUAAAUGUCCAUCUGUAUCACCAUCAAUGCCUGAAAAUCAGUCAGCAACCAAAGAACUGGGACAGAUGAACUUAACAGAACGAGAAAAGAUGGACACUGGAGUUGUACUUCUCUCAGGGAAUGAUACUCUCCAUGACCUGUGCCAAUCACAGCUACCAGAAAACAAAGAGAGCAAAGAAGAACAAGACUUGGAGCUGACAUCAGAGGAAGAGCAGGAAAGACUUAAAGGAUGCGAAAAUAAGCAGCCACAGAAAAUGUCUCAAGAACCAGAAAUGGCUAAGGAUUGUGAUAGAGAGGAUAUACCUACAUAUCCAGUACUUCCUCAUGUGCAAAAAUCUGAGGAAAUGUGGAUUGAACAAGGCAAAUUAGAGUGGAAAAACCAAUUAAAACUUAUCAUAAAUGAGUUAAAGCAGAGGUUUGGUGAAAUUUAUGAAAAAUACAAAAUUCUGGCUUGUCCUGAGGAAGAGCCACUACUUGAUAACUCUACAAGAGGAACAGAUGUGAAGGAUAUUCCCUUUAAUUUGACAAAUAACAUACCUGGUUGUGAGGAAGAAGAUGCAUCUGAAAUAUCUGUCUCAGUGGUAUUCGAGACAUUUCCUGAACAAAAAGAACCCAGUCUCAAAAAUAUCAUCCAUCCAUACUAUCAUCCAUACUCUGGGUCCCAAGAACAUGUUUGCCAGUCAUCUUCUAAGCUUCAUUUACAUGCAAAUAAAUUAGACUGCGACAAUGAUAACAAACCAGGCAUUGGACAUAUUUUUAGUACAGAUAAGAACUUUCAAAAUGAUGCAAGCACUAAGAAAGCAAGGAACCCAGAAGUGGUUACGGUUGAAAUGAAAGAAGACCAAGAGUUUGAUUUGCAAAUGACAAAAAAUAUGAACCAAAAUAGUGACAGUGGCAGUACAAAUAACUAUAAAAGCCUGAAACCUAAAUUGGAAAAUCUGAGUUCUUUACCACCAGAUUCUGACAGAACAUCAGAAGUAUAUCUACAUGAAGAAUUACAGCAAGACAUGCAAAAGUUUAAGAAUGAGGUCAACACAUUAGAAGAGUUCCUGGCUUUGAAGAAAGAAAAUGUUCAACUUCAUAAAGAGGUUGAAGAAGAAAUGGAGAAGCACAGAAGUAAUAGCACAGAAUUAUCAGGAACCCUAAGUGAUGGUACUACUGUUGGCAAUGAUGAUGAUGGACUAAAUCAGCAGAUUCCUAGGAAGGAAAAUGGAGAGCAUGACAGGCCUGCAGAUAAAACAUCUAAUGAAAAGAACGAGGUCAAAAACCAAAUAUAUCCUGAGGCUGACUUUGCUGACUCAGUGGAGCCAUCUGAAAUAGCCUCAGAGGAUUGUGAAUUGUCUCACUCUGUUUAUGAGAAUUUUAUGUUGCUGAUUGAACAACUUAGAAUGGAGUAUAAAGAUUCUGCUAGCCUACCAAGAAUCCAAGACACAUUUUGUUUGUAUGAACACUUACUGAAACUUAAGAAUAAUCACUGUGACCAACUUACAGUAAAACUUAAACAAAUGGAAAAUAUGGUCAGUGUACUACAAAAUGAGCUAUCUGAAACAAAAAAGACAAAAUUACAGUUAGAACUUCAAAAAAUUGAAUGGGAGAAAGAGCUGUACGAUUUGAGACUUGCCUUAAAACAAGAAAAUGAGGAGAAAAGAAAUGCCGAUAUGUUGUAUAAUAAAGAUAGUGAACAGUUAAGAAUAAAAGAAGAGGAGUGUGGGAAAGUGGUUGAAACAAAGCAACAACUUAAAUGGAAUCUGAGAAGACUUGCUAAGGAAUUGAGGACAGUAAGAAAUAACUUGGAUCUGGUUGUGCAGGAGAGGAACGAUGCCCAGAAGCAACUUUCUGAAGAACAGGAUGCCAGAAUAUUACAAGAUCAGAUUCUGACGAGUAAACAAAAGGAACUAGAAAUGGCUCGAAAGAAAAUGAAUUCUGAGAUUUCUCAUAGGCAUCAGAAAGAAAAGGAUCUCUUUCAUGAAAAUUGCAUGUUGCAGGAAGAAAUUGCCUUGCUGAGACUGGAAAUAGAUACAAUAAAAAAUCAGAACAAGCAAAAGGAAAAGAAAUAUUUUGAGGACAUUGAGGCUGUGAAAGAAAAGAAUGAUAACCUUCAAAAAAUUAUAAAACUAAAUGAGGAAACAUUAACAGAAACAAUACUCCAGUACAGUGGACAGCUGAACAAUCUGACAGCUGAGAACAAAAUACUCAAUUCUGAACUGGAGAAUGGGAAACAGAACCAAGAAAGACUAGAAAUAGAAAUGGAAUCAUACCGUUGUAGACUGGCUGCUGCUGUACGUGACUGUGAUCAAAGUCAGACAGCAAGAGACCUAAAACUUGAUUUCCAGAGAACAAGACAAGAGUGGGUUCGUUUACAUGACAAAAUGAAGGUUGAUAUGUCUGGCCUAGAAGCUAAGAAUGAGAUUCUUUCUGAAAAACUUUCUAAUGCUGAAAGUAAAAUUAACAGCCUACAAAUUCAGCUCCAUAACACAAGAGAUGCUCUUGGAAGAAAGAGUUUGAUUUUGGAACGUGUGCAAAGAGACCUCAGCCAAACACAGUGUCAGAAGAAAGAAGCUGAACAAAUGUACCAAACUGAACAAAGCAAACUGAAGAAAUACAUUGCCAAGCAGGAAUCUGCAGAGGAGAGAUUAUCUCAACUACAAAGUGAAAAUAUGUUGCUUCGACAGCAACUGGAUGAUGCUCACAAGAAAGCUAACAGUCAAGAAAAGACAAUCAGUACUAUCCAAGACCAGUUUCAUUCUGCUGCCAAAAAUCUUCAAGCUGAGAGUGAAAAGCAGAUUCUUUCACUACAAGAGAAGAACAAGGAGCUGAUGGAUGAAUAUAAUCAUUUAAAAGAAAGAAUGGAUCAAUGUGAGAAAGAGAAAGCAGGAAGAAAAGUAGUUAUGAGAGAAUUCCAACAAGAAUGGACCAAUCUCCUAAAACAACAACCUACGUCAACCUCACGUUGUCACAUUAAUUUAGAUGAGACACAGGAUUCAAAGAAGAAAUUGGGUCAAAUCAGAAGUGAAAUUGACCUUACAGAAGCACAGGAAACUGUACCUUCACGAUGUCUACAUCUGGAUGCAGAGAAUGAAGUUCUUCAACUUCAACAGACAUUAUUCUCUAUGAAAGCAAUACAAAAGCAAUGUGAAACACUACAGAAGAAUAAGAAGCAGCUGAAACAAGAAGUAGUAAACCUCAAAAGUUAUAUGGAAAGAAAUAUGUUAGAACGUGGUGAAGCUGAAUGGCAUAAACUGUUGAUUGAAGAAAGAGCAAGGAAGGAGAUAGAAGAAAAAUUAAACGAAGCCAUUCUCACCUUGCAGAAACAAGCAGCAGUAUCUCAUGAACAGUUAGUACAGUUAAGGGAGGAUAAUACUACUUCAAUAAAAACUCAGAUGGAACUCAGAAUCAAAGAUCUGGAAUCUGAAAUCUCCAGAAUGAAAACUUCACAAGCCGACUUUAAUAAAACCGAAUUGGAAAGAUAUAAGGAACUCUACCUAGAAGAAGUAAAAGUUAGAGAAUCCUUGUCAAAUGAACUCAGUAGAACUAAUGAGAUGAUAGCAGAGGUCAGUACGCAACUUACUGUGGAGAAAGAGCAGACCAGAUCCCGAUCUCUAUUCACUGCUUAUGCUACAAGGCCAGUCCUAGAGUCACCUUGCGUUGGAAAUCUUAAUGCUAGUGAAGGUCUCAACAGAAAACAUAUUCCAAGAAAAAAGAGGUCUGCUCUUAAGGACAUGGAGAGCUACUUGUUGAAGAUGCAGCAGAAGUUGCAAAAUGAUCUAACUGCAGAAGUAGCAGCUGCUACUAAAUAUGAACCUGGAUCCAAUAUAGCUUCUCCUCUAGGAUUUACACACAAGGAAAAUCUGAAUCAAGAUCCAGUUUUGGAAGUAACAAAAGAAUAUGCACAGAUUUUAAGAAGAAAAUACAUACUCUGAAAGAUAAGGCAAUUUUAUUUGGGCUAUUCACAUGAUAUUUUGUUUCCCAUUAAAUAUAUGAUGUGAACAUUUUUACUAAAGGGAAAUAUUCUAUAUUAUACAUGUCUGAUGAAAAUUUAUAUAGUAUUUUAAAUAAUGUUUCUUGGCCUCUUCAGCUAACUUUUAAAUAGAUUUUGCAAAUGAAAACCAGUAUUACUGAGUUUUACAUACUCGAACUGCCCAAAUGUUAGCUGUUUAAACAGCCAAAUAAUCAAGUUGCCAUUAAUAAUUUAGUGGAGCCAAUUGAUGGCUUGUUUGUAUUUUAUAAUUUUAUCUUUAUACAUAGUGAUAGAUUUAAGUUUAGAUAGACAUCAUUUUGGUAUACUGGUACUGUGGUCAUUGUCAAUGUUUGGAUGUAUUACAAUUGUUAUAGUGCAAUCGAACUUAGAUAAUUUUAAUUUUAAGCACUAAUUUAUUUAGAUCUUUCCUUGUGGAAAAAUAAGGUUUGCCUAAGGCUUUUUGCUUUUUUAUUUAUUGUUUCAUUUCUUUAUUAGAUUAACUUUUGGGAAACAGUCUUAAAAUUGGAGAAAAUUUCCACAUUUUAGGAAAAACAACUUUCCCCCUGUGGGCCAUUUGAGAGUAAAUUGCUGACAUUAUGCCAUCACAUCUGGUAUGUGGGUAUUCCCACAAGUCAGGACAUUUUAUAUAACUACUUCAUAAUCAGAAAGUUAACAUCAAUACACUUGUUUAACAUUUAAUUCUCAGUUUCUUUUCAAGUUUUCUUAAUUGUCUAUAAUGUUCUUUGUAGCAGAAGGAUCCCAUUCAGGUCCAUGAAUUUCAUUUAGUUGUCAUGACUCUUUCAGUCUGGAACAGUUCCUCAGUUUUUCUUUGACCUUUAUGACCUUAAAUCUUUUGAAGAGUAAAGUCCAAUAAUACAGAAUGUCCCUCCAUUGGAUUUCUCCGAAUUUUUUUUAUGAUAAGAUUUAGAUGAUAAUUUUUUUUUUUGGCAAGAGUAUCACAGAAGUUAUCCCAUGAUCUUCUCACUGCAUUCUAUCAGGUGACCUGCAAUUAUUAGUAUUUUUUAUUUUCAUCUUUUAAGUUCAGGGGUACAUGUGCAGGAUGUGCAGGAUGUCCAGGUUUGUUACAUAGGUAAAUAUGUGCCAUGGUGGUUUGCUGCACAGAUCAUCCCAUCACCUAGGUAUUAAUAAUAGCCCAGCAUCCAUUAGCUGUUCUUCACGAUGCUCUCCCUUCCCUCACCCGCCACCAUCCCACAUGCCCCUGUGUGUGUUGUUCCCCGCCAUGUGUCCAUGUGUUCUCAUUAUUCAGCUCCCACUUGUAAGUGAGAGCAUGCAGUAUUUCAUUUUAUAUUUCUGCGUUGGUUUGCUGAGGAUAAUGCUCUGCAGCUCCACCCAUGUCCCUGCAAAGGACAUGUCUCAUUCCUUUUCAUGGCUGCAUAGUAUUCCAUGGUGUAUAUGUACCACAUUUUCUUUAUCCAGUUUAUCAUUGAUGGGCUUUUAGGUUGAUUCUUUGUCUUUGCUGUUGUGAAUAGUGCUGCAAUGAACAUACGUGUGCAUGUAUCUUUAUACUAGAAUUAGUUAUAUUCCUUUGGGUAUAUACCAAGUAAUGGGAUUGCUGGGUUAAAUGGUAUUUCAGGUUCUAGAUCUUUGAGGAAUCACCACACUGUCUUCCACACUGGUUGAACUAAUUUACACUCCUAUCAACAGUGUAAAAGCAUUCCUGUUUCUCCAUAAUCUUGCCAGCAUCUUUUCAUUUUUUUGAAUUAUAGCCAUUCUGACUGUUGUGAGAUGGUGUCUCAUUGUGGUUUUGAUUUGCAUUUCUCAGAUGAUCAGUGAUGUUGAGGUUUUUUUGUUUGUUGGCUGCAUGUAUGCCUUCUUUUGAAAAGUGUCUGUUUGUGUCCUUUGACCACUUUCUAAUGGGGUUGAGUUUUUUUCUCUUGUAAAUUUGUUUAAGUUCCUUGUAGAUGCUGGAUAUUAGACCUUUGUCAGAUGGAUAGAGUGCAAAAAUUUUCUCCCAUUCUGUAGGUUGUCGGUUUACUCUGUUGAUAGGUUCUCAAUGCUGUGCAGAAGCUCUUUAGUUUAUUUAGAUCCCAUUUGUCAAUUUUGGCUUUUGUUGCAAUUGCUUUUGG